UUGUCCCUGGCUCUCUUUCUCUCUCUCUCCCUCCUGCUCUGUUCCUGUGCAACUGCGACUGUAACUACGGCCCCUCCCCCCUCUGCCCCGCGCAAAGCACAAGGCUCGCGUGCGGAGUGAAGCGGAAAAAAAGUGCGAGAGAGAGGGUGAGAGAAAGAAAAAGAAAAAAACAAAACACGGCUGCCGGCUCGCGUCGUUCACUUUUGUUCGCGACCGACACAUCACUACUGGCUUUCCAGGAAGCAGCUGAACAAUAAGGAAGUGAAGGUAGAAAGUGUUUGUGAGCUGAUGUGGAUGGAAAUUGAGCAGCAUGGAUCAGUGUGAGGACAGACAGGAGGGAGUCCCUCCCUCUAAAGCCAUUCUGUGUGGGGAACGUGAGAGCCAGACCAAAUCUCAGAGGAACCAGCCUGGACCUCCAUCCAGCUUUGUGUCCUUAAGGAGUGACACGUCUAAAGGUGGUGUCAUUGAUUUUAAAGUUUCUGCUGCAGAGAGCGGUCAGAUGUCACAGUCUGCAGGAUCCAGCUGUCUGUCUGUGAGGAGUGACCUGUCCAAAGAUGAACCUCCAUACUUCAGUGAUGAACCUGGACCAACGAGAGUGGACCAGGAGAGCUCAGAGGUUCCCAGUGGUCAGUCUGCCCAGCAGCAUCAAACACACCUGGACUCCAUAUUUAUGCUGCUGGAGGACAAGAUCAUCACUUUUGUGAAGAACGAGCUGAAGAAGAUCCAGAAGGUUCUGAGUGCAGAUUACCCAGAGUGCUUAGCAAGUCGAAGGAGCAGCAGCAGAAAGGCAUUUGAGAAGAUCACAGUGGACUUCCUGAGGAAAAUGAAGGAGGAGGAGCUGGCUGACCGUCUGCAGAGCAAACUUCAAGCUGUAGUUUGUCAUCGUAACCUUAAAUCUGCUCUGAAGGAGAAGUUCCAGUGUGUGUUUGAGGGGAUCGCUAAAGCAGGAAAUCCAACCCUUCUGAAUCAGAUCUACACAGAGCUCUACAUCACAGAGGGAGGGACUGCAGAGGUCAAUGAUGAACAUGAGGUUAGACAGAUUGAAAUAACCAACAAACAACCUCCAAGAAAUCUGGAAAAGGAGAAUCUUCAGAGAAACACUUCUACCAGAGUGCUGUGA